GGAAAGGGCGGGAGGGCCCAGGAGCCCGGCGGGGGGGGUUCAAGGGGGUACGGAAAAGCCGGGGAGGGGACUCGGUCCGGGGCCGGAGACCGACGGCAACAGCGGCUCAGGACCCACGCUGCCCCCACCCCUCCCGAGCAGGCGCCCCCAUGGCCCGACCCCGCUGAUUCCUUCACUCGGCCAUGCUCCCGCGGCCCCUGCGGCUGCUUUUGGACACGAGCCCCCCCGGGGGAGUCGUACUGAGCAGCUUCCGAAGCCGGGACCCCGAAGAGGGUGGGGGCCCAGGUGGCCUGGUCGUGGGCGGGGGGCAGGAGGAAGAGGAGGAGGAAGAAGAAGAGGCCCCUGUGUCCGUCUGGGAUGAGGAGGAGGAUGGUGCCGUGUUUACUGUCACAAGCCGCCAAUAUCGACCUCUUGAUCCCUUGGUCCCUAUGCCUCCCCCACGUUCCUCCCGACGUCUCCGAGCUGGCACUCUGGAGGCCCUGGUCAGACACCUACUGGAUACCCGGACAUCAGGGACUGAUGUGACCUUCAUGUCAGCCUUCCUGGCCACCCACCGGGCCUUCACCUCCACGCCUGCCUUGCUAGGGCUUAUGGCUGACAGGCUGGAAGCCCUUGAAUCUCAUCCUACCGACGAACUAGAGAGGACAACAGAGGUAGCCAUCUCUGUACUGUCAACCUGGCUGGCCUCUCACCCUGAGGAUUUUGGCUCUGAGGCCAAGGGUCAGCUUGACCGGCUUGAGAGCUUCUUACUUCAGACAGGGUAUGCAGCAGGGAAGGGUGUUGGGGGGGGCAGCGCUGACCUCAUCCGCAACCUCCGGUCCCGGGUGGACCCCCAGGCCCCCGACCUUCCUAAGCCCCUGGCCCUCCCCGGCGAUCCCCCUGCUGACCCCACGGAUGUCCUGGUGUUCCUCGCUGACCACUUGGCCGAACAGCUGACCCUGCUAGAUGCGGAGCUUUUUCUCAAUUUGAUCCCCUCUCAGUGCCUGGGAGGCCUGUGGGGUCACAGAGACCGGCCAGGACAUUCUCACCUCUGUCCAUCUGUCCGAGCUACUGUCACACAGUUCAACAAGGUGGCAGGGGCAGUGGUUAGUUCUGUCCUGGGGGCUACUUCCACUGGAGAGGGACCUGGGGAGGUGACCAUACGGCCACUCCGUCCCCCUCAGAGGGCCCGGCUCCUGGAGAAGUGGAUCCGCGUGGCAGAGGAGUGCCGGCUGCUCCGAAACUUCUCUUCAGUUUAUGCCGUGGUGUCAGCCCUGCAGUCCAGCCCCAUCCACAGGCUUCGGGCAGCCUGGGGGGAAGCAACCAGGGACAGCCUCAGAGUCUUUUCCAGUCUCUGCCAGAUUUUCUCCGAGGAGGAUAAUUAUUCCCAGAGUCGGGAGCUGCUCGUGCAGGAGGUGAAGCUGCAGUCUCCUCUGGAGCCACACUCCAAGAAGGCCCCGAGGUCUGGCUCCCGGGGUGGGGGUGUGGUCCCAUACCUUGGCACCUUCCUGAAGGACCUUGUGAUGCUGGAUGCAGCCUCCAAGGAUGAGUUGGAGAAUGGAUACAUCAAUUUUGACAAGCGGAGGAAGGAGUUUGCAGUCCUUUCUGAGUUGCGACGGCUCCAGAAUGAAUGUCGUGGCUAUAACCUCCAACCUGACCAUGAUAUCCAGAGGUGGCUACAGGGGCUCCGGCCACUGACAGAGGCUCAGAGCCAUCGUGUAUCCUGUGAGGUGGAGCCACCUGGUUCCAGUGACCCUCCUGCCCCACGGGUGCUUCGGCCAACACUGGUCAUCUCGCAGUGGACAGAGGUUCUGGGCUCUGUUGGGGUCCCUACCCCACUUGUGUCCUGUGACCGGCCCAGUAUCGGGGGAGAUGAGGCGCCUACAACUCCUGCUCCUCUGCUGACUCGGCUGGCCCAGCACAUGAAGUGGCCAUCUGUCUCGUCACUAGACUCUGCCCUGGAAAGCAGUCCAUCCCUGCACAGUCCAGCUGACCCCAGCCACCUCUCCCCACCAGCCUCCUCCCCUAGGCCUUCUCGAGGUCACCGCCGCUCAGCCUCCUGUGGCUCCCCGCUGAGUGGGGGUGCAGAAGAGGCCUCCGGGGGGACUGGAUAUGGGGGAGGGGGAUCUGGGCCAGGGGCCUCUGAUUGCCGCAUCAUCCGAGUCCAGAUGGAGCUGGGGGAAGAUGGCAGUGUCUAUAAGAGCAUUUUGGUGACAAGCCAGGACAAGGCUCCAAGUGUCAUCAGUCGUGUCCUUAAGAAAAACAAUCGUGACUCUGCAGUGGCUUCAGAGUAUGAGCUGGUACAGCUGCUACCAGGGGAGCGAGAGCUGACUAUCCCAGCCUCGGCUAACGUAUUCUACGCCAUGGAUGGAGCUUCACAUGAUUUCCUCCUGCGGCAGCGGCGAAGGUCCUCUACUGCUACACCUGGCGUCACCAGUGGCCCGUCUGCCUCAGGAACUCCUCCGAGUGAGGGAGGAGGGGGCUCCUUUCCCAGGAUCAAGGCCACAGGGAGGAAGAUUGCACGGGCACUGUUCUGAGGAGGAAGCCCCGUUGGCUUACAGAAGUCAUGGUGUUCAUACCAGAUGUGGGUAGCCAUCCUGAAUGGUGGCAGUUAUAUCACAUUGAGACAGAAAUUCAGAAAGGUAGCCAGCCACCCUGGGGCAGUGAAGUGCCACUGGUUUACCAGACAGCUGAGAAAUCCAGCCCUGUGGGAACUGGUGUCUUGUAACCAGGUUGGAUACCUGUGUGUAGCUUCCCAUCUUCCAUGAGUGCAGCACACAGGUAGUGCUGGAAAAACGCAUCAGUUUCUGAUUCUUGGCCAUAUCUUAACAUGCAAGGGCCAAGCAAAGGCCUCAAGGUUCUGAGCCCCAGGGCAGAGGGGAAUGGCAAAAAGUAGGUCCUCGCAAGAGCUCUUCUUCCCACUCUGGGGGUUUCUAUCACUGUGACAACACUAAGAUAAUAAACCAAAACACUACCUGAAUUCUA